ACACCUGAUAUUUUGACGUAACGGGUCCUUGCUGAAGGGUGUGUUUACAUCAACGUCACAGCAGUUUGCCGAAAGGAUCGACUUCUGAUUCAUCACCAUCAUGUUCCAUGGGAUACCAGUCACAGGAGGAGUAGGAGGAGCUCCGGCCAAUAAACCUGAGUUAUAUGAGGAGGUGAAAUUAUACAAAAAUGCAAGGGAACGAGAGAAGUAUGAUAACAUGGCAGAACUGUUUGCUGUCGUCAAGACCCUGCAGGCUCUGGAGAAGGCUUACAUCAAGGACUGUGUAACACCAAAUGAGUACACGGCCUCCUGUUCCAGACUCUUGGUUCAGUAUAAGGCUGCGUUCAAACAGGUGCAGGGCUCUGAUGUGGGCUCCAUCGAUGACUUCUGCAGAAAGUACAGACUCGACUGCCCAUUAGCAAUGGAGAGGAUCAAGGAGGAUCGGCCAAUCACCAUCAAGGACGACAAGGGCAACCUGAACCGCUGCAUUGCGGAUAUAGUUUCUCUCUUCAUCACUGUGAUGGACAAGCUGAGACUGGAGAUCAGAGCCAUGGAUGAGAUCCAACCAGACCUGAGGGAGCUGAUGGAAACCAUGAACAGAAUGAGCAACAUGCCUCCAGACUCAGAGGCUAAGGACAAAGUUAAUCUCUGGUUGACCACCCUCAGCAGCAUGUCGGCCUCAGAUGAGUUGGAUGAUAAUCAGGUGCGCCAGAUGCUGUUUGAUCUGGAGUCGGCCUACAACGCCUUCAACCGCUUCCUCCACUCCUCUUAAAGCAUCUGUCAUCAUCAUAGAUCUGUCUGUCUGUUCAUCCAUGUGGAAUUCUGAUUCUUAUACAUGUUAAGUUAAAAGAAGAAACAUGCUACUUUCUCCUGAUUGUUCUGGCAGAGAGUGGAAUAUAUAACUGGACAGGUUUUCUGUCUCCUGCAGUUCUUUUUUUCCUCUGUACAUUUGGUUCUAAUGUUCUUUAAUCAAGUUAUAUACAACUCAAACUCCACCGCCUUCACUGUUUGUGGUACAUCAUUCCUGCAAGCUGCUCCACUGGCCUUUUUUCUACCCAAGCUUGUUUGAUAAAUCCUUUAACGCUGGCUGUUUAAUCUCCACUUGACCCAACAGUUUACUCUUUAUACUGUAACAUUAGAAAAGGUCUAAUUUUGUACCUGAGUUUUGCAGUGCAUCAACAAAGAAUAAUGAUACAGAUAUAUUAGGAAAAGCCUGCAAAUGAAGUGAAAAAUUUACAACAGCCAGUCUUUGUAUUAAUGGAAAGAAAAGAGGAAUUAUUCUAUUUUUUCUUCUUGGUACCCUAAUUAUAUCCACUACCUGUCACCUGUUUACUAUGUUUGUUUCAUUAUGUAGGUUUUUACUGUAGAAUCAUAAUAGUGUGUGUAAAUGGAGUAAAAGAAACUGCUUUGUCUGUCACAGCUGACUUGAAGAUGAUGAGACUGCACUUCAGAUUAAUCAUUAUACUGAAACUGGGGUGGAAGGAAAUGUUGAUUACUUGUUUUUCUGUCUCUGUCUUUCGUUAACAUGCCUAAUCUAUAUUUCCUUUGAAGUGAGGGUUUCAUCACAGUGUAUAAGUGGGCAAAAGAGAGGUGGGCACACCGCCUCCUUAUUUUGCUUACUAAAUAUGUUUCAACCCCCCAAACAGCAUUAGGGAGAACAUAUUUAUUAAGAUUUAUCAUUGUAAAUAAUAGUUUUGAUUUUUAAAUAAAAGCAUGUAACACCUUUUUAGAAAUAAACUUUUAAAAAAUGA